AUGUCUUCGAACAAAUCAAGGUCAAAUGGCCGUCAGAAAGCAUUGUCAACUGCUGAACAGCGAAUGAAGGUAAUGCAGCAACUUGGUCUCUUUUUCAUGGUCAUUAGGCUCUGCUUCUGGUCUAAAAUUCAUGGCAUUGAAAAAUCUUGCAAACACCUCGCAAAAAAAAUAUAUAUAUAAAAAAAAAUAACCAUGUUCAUAAAUCGUUGACUGGGUCUAAGCCUUAAGAAAUUCUCCAUCUAAUUCAGCUACUAAUCUUAGUUUUCCUCAGGCUAUAUCAGCAUCUAAUAGUGUUUUUCUUCAUCAUCCAGAUCGAUGAGGUUCGGAAGCUUGUGGGGCCCUUGUCCACCAAGCUGCCAAGCUCAUGCUCAGAUGCUUCCAUUUCAAGAUACCUCAUUGCAAGGAACGGGAGCACCAAAAAGGCUAGUAAAAUGCUGAGAGAAGCUCUCGAAUGGAGGCUGAAGUACAAGCCUGAGGCAAUUCGCUGGGUAUGAUCUUUCUCCAUGAUCUUUUCCUCUGAAUGCGAAUCAAUAAUUGAACAAAAAAGACAUUUGGAAAGAAAGAUGAUAUAGUUCUUCAUUAUAAUAUCAGAUAUGAAUCAAAUGGGCAGCAUAGAUCGAACAUUAUUGAAAGAUAAUUCAGAUUACCAACCUCGAAUCAACCAUAUAUUUGCCGUGUUGAUUACAUAUUUUCUGCAGUCUGAUGCCAAUCCCUUCGAAAGGUAAAAAUAUUUCAUCUGGUUUCCUACACAGAUGAGGACGCAAUGGCCUUACUAAACCAAAAUAUUUAUCUCCAGAUUCUUCGUUCUGAGGUCAUUGUUUCCUGUGUGACUGCCAGGAAGAGAUUGCUGAGGAGGCCAAGACUGGGAAGAUCUACAGGGCCAAGUACCUAGACAAGUUCGGAAGGCCCGUUCUCGUCAUGAAGCCUGGGUUGCAGGUAACAUCAAGUCACAAGUAUGGGAAAACAAUAAGCGCUUUCACAGCUUACACUUGUCUAAGAAUUGGUCGUUCUUCUCAGAACACAAACUCGACCAAGGGGCAGAUCAGGUACUGGAUCUACUGCAUGGAGAAUUGCAUCUUGAAUUUUCCAAAAGGUCAGGAGCAGAUGGUGUGGCUAAUCGACUUCCAAGGCUGGAAUAUGGGAAGUGUCUCGAUGAAUGUCACCAGAGAGACAGCUCACGUGUUGCAGGACUUCUACCCUGAGAUGUUGGGAUUAGCAAUCCUCUACAAUCCUCCGAAGAUAUUCGAGCAAUUUCGGAAGGUGACAUUGCUGAAAUACUUUACCUUUGUGAAGAUCCCUACUGGAAAUUAUAAUACAUUUGGUUAAAUCCUUGUGAUGAUUCAUGGGUGCAGCUUGUGAGGCCCUUCCUGGAGUCAGAGACGUAUCAGAAGGUGAAGUUCAUUUUCUCUGAUGACCCAGAGAGCCAGAAGAUGAUGGAGGAGUUGUUUGAUCUGGAUGAACUGGAAUCUGCGUUUGGAGGGCACAAUCCUAUUGAAUUUGACUAUAAUGAGUUCCAAGAGAGAAUGAAGAAGGAUGAGAUGAAAUUCUCUGAUCCCACGUCGUCGCCUGGAGAUUUGCACCCCACUGAAGAAAAAGAUGCUGUGAUGGUCACCCAGGCCGCAGAGCUGUCAGAGCCCAUUCUCCAGCCAGGUGAGGAAGCUCAGUCAGAUGCAUCCGAUGAAGCUCCUUCAUCCAUUGAGGGUUCUUCCCCAGAACAACCAGAAGCUACGCCCAAGCUUCCUGAAGACCAUUUGACAUGCCAGGUCGUCUGCAAAGGCAGUGUAGUCUCUGUCCCAGAAGAACAAGCUCUAGCCGUUCAGAUGAAAUGA